AUUUGAAACAACCAUCAUUACCAUGAUUGCGAACGAUAGUCAGCCAAUUAUUCCCGACGUAAGCUCGGUGCCACUCACUCAGCGAAAGACGUUAAAAUUCGGCCGCUUUGAGGUCAGUUUGACCGUCGCAAAUAUAUUUUUCGCAUUUCUGGCAAUCUCUGGACAAGUUGGUCAAAAUGUGAGUUUACCAUUGUGGAUUGAUUCGACAAUGUUGCCACCAUCUGUUGGUUACACAAACCAUUCAACGAACCAUACGAAUUCCUCGUCUGGUAGUAGGGAAUAUCGGCCGAGAGUUGAUGGCUUUUUUGUCUAUAGUUUUGGAUGCAUUUCGUUCGUCGUGAUAUUUGGAACAAUGCUGCUUUCCAUUCGUUUGUUUCAACCGCAUCGUCUCGGCGAAACGGAGCGAAUGUUCCCACAUUCCCAGUUGUUUUUGGUGGGUUUUUUCGACGCUCUGAACGGGGUCCUUGUCGUGUUUGCCAGCAGCGGAAGUCGAACCGCUCCAUACCUACAAGCAAUACUAGGAAAUUUUAUGAUUCCGCUUACGAUGAUAUUCCGAUAUUUCAUUAUUCGUAAAGUGCCGACACUUCGAAAAUUUCUCUGCGCAAUGGUCGUGUUGGCCUCGUUAUUUGUCUGCCUCAUUCCCAAGAUAUUUACUUCUAUCGACCCAGAGGCAGACAAAUCUGGUGGAGCGAGUGGUGUGGCGGGAAUCCUCUGGCCCUUAUGUUUCAUGUUUGGUUUUCUCCCUGCGGCUAUAAUGAACGUCAUUGAAGAACGAGGGUUGAAGAUGGAAAUAACUUCGGCAAAAAGUCGCGUAAAUUUGGUGUUCUUUUUGUUCUGGACGUCCGUGUAUCAACUGCUGGUGGCCUUGUGUCUGUUCUGGGUUGAUUUCCUGCCUGAAUAUGGUUAUGCUGAUAACAUACACCACUUCUGGGAUAAUUGGUCGUUUGGUUUCAAAUGUUUCUUUGGUGGAGCUGGUUGCAAUUCGAAAUGUGGCGUUCGAGGAGCAAUGUUUAUUGUUAUGUAUACUAUCAGUUAUAUCGGGGGAGGGAACUUAAUGAGAUUUUCAGAAGGCGCGACACUCCUUGCUAUCGUUAAUGCUGUAGUCACCCCGCUGGGUUUCCUGUUCUGGACGAUAUUCCGCGAAUCACCGUUUGGCUUUCACCCAGCAGUUCACAUCACGACAUGGUUCAGUAUUGGGGGCCUUGUAGCCAUGGUGCCCGCAAUAUUCUUGUACAAUACUGGACCGGAAGAAACUGAAAGGGUAGAAGUCAAUCCUGAACGAAGUUCUUUGCUCCAUCAUAAAGAUGCAAUCAAUGGUUAUACUUAAUUAAAGUGCCUGAUUAAUUUUCAGGCCAUUCAGAAGUUGUCAUAGUCAUCCAAGUCGAAGGCUUCGAUUUUAUUAACGUUAACACCGUCGUAGUGUAUAGUAUUGUAUAGUAUAUUAUAGUAUAUUUUAUUUUUAUUGUUAUGAGAGCGAUACCCAAAAGGGAUUUAUAGAAAAUAGCAAGGCACCUCUCUUAAAAAAACGACGGGUGUGAGGUCGGGAGGUACUACUAGGUAGCCUUCUCUGCAGGCAAUGGACCAUAUAAGGGUAUUUUUAUAAAUGAAAUGGGAUAUAAUUUUAGUUUUGGUAGUGGAAUAGAGUAGACUGGUAAUCUAUAACGCGAUACGUUAUUUCACGAUACUCUAUUAUAGCUUUGUAAUCUUAGUGGAUGAGCAUGCAGCGUAUUCUAUACGCAACAUUUGUUUAUAACCAAAAUAUAAACAUAUUCGCAAUUGCUUCAAUCCUCUCAUCAGUUUAGUUCUUCCGCUGUACUAUCGUGGUACCUUAUCUUUGUAUAAACUUCAGGAACCGUUUGACUAAAAGUACUAACUUGAAAAGGAUUUGCUGUAGCUCCAGCAUUCUGAUACGGAACAUGCUGGUGUUUCUUUAGACGGUCAACAUAUA